UCAACAAAACACAACACGGUUCGCUUCGAUGUAUAUACGCGCAACCGGCGGUCGUUAGUGCGGUUUUUUUUUUCAAACUUAAAUACACGUUCAUUUACAAAAUAUAUACUAGUGUAUAUAUUAUCUAUAUAUAUAAAGUUAAAUAUAUUAAAAUACCUAGACGUUCGCGUGUGUGCACACAUGUAUAUCGUAUAAAUAUAUAUAUAUACAGCAGAGUGUCUUAAACAUCGAUCUUCAGCCCUAUAGAAUCAUUUAAAUUUUUUUUUCUUCUUUUCAAUUCAAAAUAUCAUCAGGUACACUCUGUUCUAUGGUGUACCGCCCGAUAGUAACGUCGAUACAAUAGUUUUUUCCCCCCAAAAUCGAAUACAUAGCGUAUUUGCCAACGAACGUCUCGCCGGAGCAACAGCAGCUGCAGCGUUUUCAAUGAUCACCAUGAACAGCCAUUCGAACGACAUCGAUUACAGUAACGGGUAUAUGGAACCGGAAGAGGAAUGGGAACGGGAAGGGUUGUUGGACCCAGCUUGGGAAAAACAACAGAAAAAGACCUUUACAGCAUGGUGCAAUUCGCAUUUGCGUAAAGCUGGAACUGCCAUCGAGAACAUCGAAGAAGAUUUCCGCAACGGUCUCAAACUGAUGUUGCUCUUGGAAGUAAUUUCCGGCGAAACACUACCAAAACCUGACAGAGGUAAAAUGCGCUUCCACAAGAUCGCCAACGUCAACAAAGCCCUCGACUUCAUAGCCAGUAAGGGCGUGAAAUUAGUGUCAAUCGGUGCCGAAGAAAUCGUUGAUGGAAAUUUGAAAAUGACACUGGGUAUGAUCUGGACUAUUAUUUUGAGAUUCGCCAUUCAAGACAUCUCUGUGGAGGAAAUGACCGCCAAAGAAGGUCUGUUGUUAUGGUGUCAACGGAAAACCGCCCCGUACAAGAAUGUUAACGUGCAAAACUUCCAUCUCAGUUUCAAGGAUGGUUUAGCAUUCUGCGCCCUCAUUCACCGUCACCGUCCCGAUCUCAUCGAUUAUCACAAACUCUCCAAGGACAAUCCUCUGCAGAACUUAAACACCGCAUUCGACGUAGCCGAAAAGUACCUGGACAUACCCCGCAUGUUGGACCCUGAAGACUUGAUAAAUACACCGAAACCGGACGAACGCGCGAUCAUGACCUAUGUUUCAUGUUAUUAUCACGCAUUCCAAGGCGCACAACAGGUAAAAAUGCAUAUGACAAAUACUGCAAUGCCAGACGAGAGGGCCAUAAUGACUUACGUCUCCUCGUAUUACCAUUGCUUUUCUGGAGCUCAGAAGGCUGAGACUGCAGCAAACCGAAUUUGCAAAGUAUUGAAAGUGAACCAAGAAAACGAACGUUUGAUGGAGGAAUAUGAGCGUUUGGCUAGUGAUCUUUUAGAAUGGAUUAGACGAACAUUGCCAUGGCUUCAAAGCCGACAAGCUGAUAACUCUUUAUCUGGUGUACAAAAGAGACUUGAAGAAUACCGCACAUACAGACGCAAACACAAGCCACCUCGUGUAGAACAAAAAGCUAAACUUGAAACCAACUUUAACACACUGCAAACAAAAUUGCGUUUAUCCAAUCGGCCUGCAUACAUGCCAACUGAAGGAAAAAUGGUUUCUGACAUUUCAAAUGCAUGGAAAGGCCUUGAACAAUCAGAAAAAUCAUUUGAAGAUUGGUUGUUGUCUGAAAUGAUGAGGUUAGAGCGUUUAGAGCAUUUGGCACAAAAAUUUAAAGCUAAGGCAGACACUCACGAAGAUUGGACCCGUGGUAAAGAAGAAAUGUUACAGAGCUCAGACUUCAGACAAUGCAAACUUAAUGAUUUGAAGGCUUUAAAAAAGAAACAUGAAGCUUUUGAGAGUGAUCUGGCUGCUCACCAAGAUAGAGUUGAACAAAUAGCUGCUAUUGCACAUGAAUUGAAUACCUUAGAAUAUCACGACAGUACAAGUGUGAACAUUCGCUGUCAGCGUAUUUGCGAUCAAUGGGAUAGAUUGGGUAACUUGACCCAGAAACGUAGAACUGAUUUGGAUGAUGCAGAAAAAAUAUUAGAGAAAAUUGACAUAUUGCACUUAGAAUUCGCCAAGAGAGCAGCACCUUUCAACAACUGGUUGGAUGGUACUCGUGAAGAUCUAGUUGAUAUGUUUAUCGUACAUACAGUUGAAGAAAUUCAAGGGUUAAUAGAUGCCCAUGGACAAUUUAAGGCUACUUUGUCGGAUGCUGACAAAGAAUACAAUUCUAUCAUUGGAUUGGUUAAAGAUGUUGAGUCAACAGUACAAAAAUACCAAAUACCUGGUGGUCUCCAGAAUCCUUACACUACUUUGACUUCUACUGAUUUAAGCAAAAAAUGGUCUGAAGUGAAACUUCUUGUGCCUCAAAGAGAUACGACUCUACAAGCUGAACUCAGAAAACAACAGAAUAAUGAGAUGUUACGUCGCCAAUUUGCUGAAAAAGCUAAUCAAGUGGGUCCGUGGAUUGAGAGGCAAAUGGAUGCUGUUACAGCUAUUGGUAUGGGAAUGCAUGGUUCACUGGAAGAUCAGUUGAACCAAUUGAACCAAUAUGAACAAAAUGUAUUUGCUUACAAGCCACACAUUGAGGAAUUAGAGAAAAUCCAUCAAGCCGUACAAGAGGGUAUGAUUUUUGAAAACAGAUAUACUCAUUAUACAAUGGAGACACUGCGUGUCGGUUGGGAACAACUAUUGACUUCAAUCAACCGUAAUGUGAAUGAAGUAGAAAAUCAAAUAUUGACCAGAGACUCCAAAGGUAUUACACAGGAACAAUUGAAUGAAUUUAGGGCUAGUUUCAAUCACUUUGAUAAGAAUCGUACAGGCAGAUUAGCCCCUGAAGAAUUUAAAUCCUGCUUAGUGUCUAUUGGCUAUAGCAUUGGGAAGGAUAGACAGGGUGAAAUUGAUUUCCAACGUAUAUUAGCUGUUGUUGAUCCCAACAGUACCGGAUAUGUACACUUUGAUGCUUUCUUGGACUUUAUGACUCGAGAAUCCACUGACACUGAUACUGCUGAACAAGUGAUUGAUUCGUUCCGCAUUCUUGCUGGUGACAAGCCUUAUAUUCUAUCUGACGAACUUCGACGAGAACUUCCACCUGAUCAGGCAGAAUAUUGUAUACAACGUAUGGCUCCCUACAAGGGUGUCAAUGCUGUUCCAGGAGCCCUGGAUUACAUGUCAUUUUCAACUGCUUUAUAUGGCGAAUCAGAUCUGUGAAUCAGUAUCGAAACAUUAAUUUAAAUAAUAAUAUUUUAAACAAAUAAAAAAUAAAAAAAAAGUACAUAGUAUAAUUUUUAACAAUUGAUAUAAAUUGAAUGAAAAAGAAAGUUGAAUCUCAAAUUCUUUUAUCAGUUCAUCUACUAGUCACAUACUAUUUUCAUCAUAUCAAAAAUUAAAAAAAAAUUAAAAUAUAUUUCAUUACUUAUCCAUCCGUUCUUUCAAGUGCAAAAACAAAAAAAAAAAAAAAAUAA